AAGAAAUUUAGUAGAGGAGUUAAGUAGUAUUAAGUAUUAAUUUAUUAGUAAUCAUAGAACUGUCAGCUGAUUUAAUUUUUAUUUAUUUUUCAAGGCCCCCGCAGUAGGUCCCAGUCCAUAGAGUCCCAUAUUAUUCACCUCGAUCGUCUGUCUCUCAUUUCCAUCUAUCCUCUGUUGUCCUCUGUCAGAAUACUCGGUCUUAUAUAUAUAUAUAUAUAUAUAUAUACAUAGAGAUAUAUGUAUUGUUCCACUACUUCAUUGUUCUCCAUUCAAUUUUAUGAGCUCAGCCUCAACUACUCAGCUCAUAUAGAUCAGUCUUUAGUGAUAAACUAUAAAAUUAAAUAGUGAAAUAAUAAUAAUUUUAAAAAAUAAAUAAUUUAUUACUUAUAAUUAUUAAUAAAUGAUUAAUAAUUUUGACAGUAAUAUUGUCAAUUAAACGGAUGUAUUAUUCAAAAUUAAGGCUUUUAAAUGAUAUCGCGAAUAUUCCGUGGAGAAAAUGAAAAUGCUGCUGUUAAAAGAAAACGUCAGAUAGAUACAUUGAAAAUUUUUAAUGAUAAUGUAGCUGAAUUAAGAGAAGAUGUUGAGUAUCAGGUACAAUUUGAUGCUGGAGAAACACGAAUGGCUAUUAUGGUAUCAUUACCACCGGAAUUUCCACUAGAAAAACCAGUACUAAGAGUUUCACCACCUGUGACACAUCCUUGGUGUAAUGAACACAGUGAAAUAACGAGUGCUCCUGGAUUACUAAAUUUUACAAUCCACAGUGAUCUUGGUCGUGUUGUACAGGCAAUUAUUAGAGAAUUUAGUAAAAAUCCUCCACAAUUAACUGAUGAUAUUUCAUUAACAAAUCAAUCUCGAGAGUUACAAGAUCGAAUAUCUCCGCCGUACGGUUUCCAACGUUAUCCAGAAUUACAAUCCACAUUGUAUAAUACAUAUUACAACUCACAGUAUCCGGCAUACUCAACAUCCAGCGGCAGUAAUUACAAGUAUAACUAUGUCAACUCAUGCAUAUCAAAUCAAGAUCAAUUUACAUCGUCUUUGCACCGUCCAACAUACACAUCUACUGGUAGUCCUGGUAAUUCAAAUUCUAUCGGGACUGCUAGUCCUGUUCAGUACUCGAAUGAUCACCGGCCAGUUAGUUACAUUAAUUCCCACAAUUACAAUACAGCGAGUUAUAACAAACCUGUGACAAUAAAUCCACCUCCACAUACGGCGGUAUCCAGUCCAGAGUUUCCGGAGCUUAAUAAUUUAACAAAUGAACAGCUUGUUAAACUUGCUGAAGAAACGGACAGUCUUGAUGCCUUUUUGAGCCAACAUUCCCAGCUUAAAGAUAUUAAUUUAUUGAUUGACGAGACUAUCGAUAGCGUUGAAAUAUUAGCUAAUGAUAAUCUAGCCAAAGAGACUGAAUUAAAAACACUUAAAGAAGAGGUUGCGUCUAAAAUAAAAAGUGUGUCAGAACUUAAAGCACAUUAUGAUAAUUUAAUUAGCCAAUAUAGCAAAUUGUCGCAAGUAUUUGCGCCAGAUCAUAUACGCGAGUGUUUAAAACAGGCUGCUGAUGAAAGUCAUGAGCAAAGUGAAUUGAUUGCUGAAAAUUUUAUCAACCGAAAGAUUGACGUUGAACAUUUUUUGAGCAGCUAUAUCGAGUGCCGUAAAUUAGGCCAGGCAAGACGUACCAAGGAGGAAAAAUUGGGACAUCAGUUGAAUGAAUUGAAGCGAGCUGACAGGACCAAUGAAGUACCGGUUGGUUUUAUCUAUUUUCCUGCUUGUGAUGAUGCUUAAAUCGACGGCAGACGGUGCUAAGGGUGGGAUCGGCAGAGCAGGAGUACGCGGAAGAGGUAGAGGACGCAUCUACAGUUCAAGAAUGCCGAUAAUUAUUCCCGGUCGUAAUACCAAUAGCGGUUACUAUGAAAAU